AUGAGUAAGACUCCUAUCCCCGAAGAAUUCGAUGACACCAGAAUUUUGGGCUAUGAUCCAUUGAUUCCACCUGCGCUUCUUCAAAAUGAAGUGAGUGCUAAAAAAAACUCUUUGGAGGUGGUCAUUAGAGCAAGAAUCGACUCUGCGCAAAUCAUAGCAGGUACUGAUGACAGAUGUUUGGUUGUUGUGGGACCAUGUUCUAUCCAUGAUACCCAAGCAGCCAUGGAAUAUGCCAGACGGCUCAAAGAACUCUCACAGGAGUUGGAAGAUGACUUGGUCAUAAUCAUGAGAGCUUAUUUGGAAAAGCCAAGGACUACUGUCGGUUGGAAGGGUCUUAUCAAUGAUCCAAAUGUUGAUAACACUUUCGAUAUCAACAAAGGAUUGAGAGUAUCAAGACAAUUGUACGCUGACCUCACUGGUGAAGUGGGUGUUCCAAUCGGUUCUGAGAUGUUGGAUACCAUUUCUCCACAAUACUUCUCAGAUUUCUUGAGUUUUGGCGCUAUCGGCGCCAGAACUACUGAGUCUCAAUUACACAGAGAAUUAGCAUCAGGAUUAUCUUUCCCAAUUGGUUUCAAAAACGGUACAGACGGAAACAUCGGCGUUGCAUUAGAUGCAGUUCAAGCCUCCUCCAAAGGACAUCACUUCAUGGGUGUAACCAAAAACGGGUUAGCUGCCAUUACGACAACGAAAGGAAAUGACAACUGUUUCAUUAUCUUGAGAGGUGGUAAGAAAAUCACGAACUACGAUGCUGAGUCUGUCAGAAAUGCAAAAGAAAGUAUUGCUAAAAGUUCCGACCCAAGCAUCAAAUUGAUGGUGGAUUGCUCGCACGAUAAUUCCGAAAAGGAUUACAGAAAUCAACCGAAGGUUUUGGACUCUGUUAUCGAACAAAUUUCUGCGGGAGAGAACAGUCUAAUUGGCGUGAUGAUCGAAUCUCACAUCAAUGAAGGAAAACAAGGUAUGCCAAAGCAAGGCACAGGAAAAGAGAGCUUGAAGUACGGAGUUUCUAUCACUGAUGGGUGUGUUUCAUGGGAAACUACCGUCACUAUGUUGAGAAAACUCGCUGGGGCUGUGCAAGAGAGAAGGGCCAAAAACCAAGCUUAA